AUGGCUUUACUACCGGUGUUGUUUCUGGUUAUGGUGCUGCUUCCAUCUUUACCUGCAGAAGGAAAGGAUCCCGCUUUUACUGCUUUGUUAACCACCCAGGGGCAAGUGCAAAGGGAGAUUGUAAAUAAACACAAUGAACUAAGGAAAGGAGUCUCUCCACCUGCCAGUAACAUGCUAAAGAUGGAAUGGAGCAAAGAGGUAACAGCGAAUGCCCAAAGGUGGGCAAACAAGUGCACUUUACAGCACAGUGAUCCAGAGGACCGCAAAACCAGUACAAAAUGUGGCGAGAAUCUCUAUAUGUCAAGUGACCCUACUUCCUGGUCAGCUGCAAUCCAAAGCUGGUAUGACGAGAGCCUAGAUUUUGUCUAUGGUGUAGGACCAAAGAGUCCCAAUGCAGUUGUUGGACAUUAUACUCAGCUUGUUUGGUACUCGACUUACCAGGUAGGCUGUGGAAUUGCCUAUUGUCCCAAUCAAGAUGCUCUAAAAUACUUCUAUGUUUGCCAAUAUUGUCCUGCAAUGAAAACAUACCUCAAUAAAGGGGAGGGGAUAAACGUUUGGAAAUGUUUUUUAAGGUUGAGACACUUUCAACUUCUCAGAGGAGAACAACUUCUCAGUUUUGGUAAUAAUGUGAGUAGAAAGAAUACUCCUUACCAACAAGGAACACCUUGUGCCAGUUGCCCUGAUAACUGUGACCAAGGACUAUGCACCAAUAGUUGCCAGUAUCAAGAUCUCCUAAGUAACUGUGAUUCCUUGAAGAAAACAGCUGGCUGUGAACAUGAGUUGCUCAAGGAAAAGUGCAAAGCUACUUGCCUAUGUGAGAACAAAAUUUACUGAUUUGCCUAGUGAGCGUUGUGCAGGACUACAUGGAUAAGGGCUGCAUCAUUUAAUUGACACAUACCAGGGGAAAUUGUAUGUAUGUUAGUUACAAAUUUGAUUUCAAAGAGCAAUGCAUCUUCUCCUAGAUUCAAAGAGCAACGCAUCUUCUCCCGGAUCAUCACAGAAAUCACUUUCAGGCAAUGAUUUACGAAAGUAGCAUAGUAUAUGACGACAACUGCGAACUCUGACAUAAAUGUAGUGCUUUAUAAUGAACUGAAUCAGAUUGAGGAUUUUGAAAACUAUAUAACCAUAGGAUUUAGGUCACCAGGCCUUUGGAUCAAAUGGUGAGUUACAUAUAACCUGAAACAUGCUGAAGAAGAAGACUGUAACAUCAUUGCCAUUCCUACUACCUGAGUUUUCACCUGCAUAAACAAUAAAUUCAAAGCUUUACAUCUGCAUUUGUCUUAUGACCUUUCUUUUAAACAAAAGUAAUCAGCUUUUUAAACAAAGAACUUUUCUAGCAACCAUAUGAUAUGAUUCUUAUGCAAUAUUUUAUACCAUUUAUAAUUAACUCCAGCUAGAUUCAUCUGAGAUAAAUGAUAAAACAGAGCAACAUUUUCAAAAUAGUUGUCUAUAAAGUUAAAUUUUAACAAAAAAUGAAUCAGUUCUACUCUUAUUUGCUUUCUCCUUUCUGAUAUUUUGAUCUCCCUACUGGUUUAGUUGAUUUUUUUUAAGCCAACAAAAAGAGGACAUAAUUCAACCAAAUAUACAAAUAUAGCUUUCCAAGAAAACAAACAAGUGGAAUAAUCAGUAUUAGAUUGAUAACAACAGGGUAAAGUAAGCCCAUUUUAUAGAUGAGAAAACAUAUACUAAAACUCUUUUUAAAAGUGAAAAAGUUAUUGAAAAUCAGAAAGUAGAUCUGACUUGACAGAUGGUGAAAUAGCACGGGCUACUAAUGCCUCCAGGAUUAAACAGAUUAUCGGAAUCAUCCUAUAGCCAUUAAGGAAAUUGAAUUAAUAAUCUUAAAGCUUCCAAAAAGGGAAUUUCUAGGCCCCCAAAUGGUUUCACCACAUGAUUCUGCCAAAUACUUAAAAUAAUAAUUAAUAGCAAUUUUACAGUUUCUUCCAGAAAAUUAAAUGGGAGAAAAUACUUCUUAAUUCAGUCUUUGAGACCAGUAUUAUUUUGGUACUAAAGCUAACGACAUUUCAACAGAAAAAAUACAUAGAGAUCUAUUGCCAUCAUGCGCAUAGAUGGAGAAAUUUUAAACGAACAUUUAGUAAAUGUUUCAGCAAUAUAGUAAAAGGAAAAUAUACCCUGACCCAGACUUGAAACAAAUUACUAGAAUAAAUCAAAAAUUAAGCUGUGUCUGGAAGAUAAAUUGCCUAUUACAGAGUAUAUUCAGUGUAUAUAUAGCUCCCCCUGAAUUUCUUUGGAAAUUGAUUUUUCCACAAGGUUAGCAUUUCUUCAUCCCAAUCUUAAUAAUCCAAGUGUCUCAUAAACUAUGUUUAAAAAUAUUUAAGCCUAUUUUAGGGGAGAAAAGGAAUAUUUAUUUUUGUAACUGCAAGAGCACUGAGGUACAGUGACAAUGUGGGAGAUAAGCAAACAGAAUAUUCCACUUGAGUGGUUCUCAUAUGAAGCACUCCAUUAUUGAGGUGGCAUUUGAAAACUUUUAAAUACAAAGUUUUCUUUAGAAUUUUUUUUUUUAUUACUAUUAUUAUACUUUAAG